UAGACUUUUACAAAAAUGUUUUCAGAUAGGACAUCUGCACAUUAGGUACACUUCGGGUUCGAUUCCCGACUAGAACAAAAUAUGCUUGACGGAUUACCUACUUCUAAGUCUGUUUAUUUAAUUUGUAAAAUGUUUAGCUUUGCAAAAUACUAUUUAUCAUACUGUUUAACACCGCAAAAUUUUAAUGUGAUCCUAUCACAGCUCUACCUAUCUCCUAACAAUUGACAGCCAUCAUUCAUGCCGACAUGAGACCCACCUCUGUAUCCGCUACCAAACAAAACAGCGGGCAACUUUCUCAACCGCACUUUUAAUGGGCCGACGCGGCGAAAGUCGACUAUCUCUCAAGUUCAAUAGCACGGCAACAGUCAGUGGUGUGCGCGCGACCAGGUUGCAUCUCAAUGACAGGAAGAUGUGGAGUGCUCUAGUAAUUGUUGUGUGUUGUGUGAGUGGCGUGCUGCCGGCCAGGCAUCUGCCUAAAUGGAAGAAACAGGCCUGCGAGCUGCCCGCGGUGCAGAGCGAGCACAGUCACUACGUGUGUGAUGAUAAAGGAGAGCCCAAGUGCCUGCCGGGGUGGCAGGGAGACCUCUGCGAUGUGCCGAUAUGCAAGAAGGGAUGUGAUCCUUUACAAGGCUACUGCAAGCGUCCGGGCGAGUGUAGAUGUAAGCUAGGCUUCUACGGAGAGCGCUGUAACAAGUGCAUACCGCUGCCGGGCUGCCAGCACGGGUACUGCAACGAAUCCUUCGAGUGCAUCUGCAAACAAGGAUGGGAUGGACUGUUCUGUUCCGAACCUAUCUGUCGCUCCGACUGCCACGCUACCCGCGGUUUCUGUGAGAUGCCGGGCGAGUGCCGCUGUAAGCUGGGCUGGGCGGGCAAGACGUGCCGCUCGUGCCAGCAGCUGCCCGGCUGCCAGCACGGGUACUGCGACAAGCCACUGGAGUGCAAAUGUCUGCCAGGGUACACUGGACUGCUGUGUCAGACGCCUAUCUGCUCUGCCGGCUGCCACACCGAACGCGGCUACUGCCGGCGCCCCGGCGAGUGUCGCUGCAAGGUGGGCUGGACUGGCACCUUCUGCAACGAGUGUCAUCGCUACCCCGGCUGCCUGCACGGCACCUGCAACAAACCCUGGGAGUGUAUCUGCAAGGAGGGGUGGGGAGGAAUGCUAUGCGAUGAAGAACUUAACUACUGCGAGAAGAAUCCAGACACGUGCCAGAACGGGGGCGAGUGCCAGUCACUAGAGUCUGGUGAAGGUUCCUUCAGAUGCCACUGCAAGCCUGGCACCACUGGCAAGAACUGUGAAAUCCUGCCAGAGGUACAGAAGCCUGCCAACGGGACCACUUCCGAAGACACCACCGAAGUGCCAGAUGAGGAGGUGGAUUCUUCUUCACAAGCAACAUCAACCGAGAUAGAUAAUGGGGAAAAUGAGACUGAGUGAUGAGAUCAUAGAUGGCGCCACUUAAAGUAAGACGGUUGCAGCUGUGAGAGGG